AUGAGUCCAAUUAAAACUACAAGUUAUCAAGAAUUGGAUAUUGAUUAUUUAAUUCAAGAAUUAACUUUACCAGAAAAAAUCUCCUUAUUAGCUGGUAAAGAUUUCUGGCAUACUGUUCCAAUUCCAAGAUUAGGGUUACCUUCAAUUAGAGUUUCUGAUGGUCCAAAUGGUAUUAGAGGUACUAAAUUUUUCAAUAGUAUUCCAUCCAAUUGUUUCCCAUGUGGAACUGGGUUAGCUGCUACUUUCAAUAAAGAAUUAUUAGUGGAAGCUGGUGAAUUAAUGGGUAAAGAAGCCAAAAUGAAAGGUGCUUCUGUUAUUUUAGGUCCAACUUGUAAUAUUGUUAGAUCUCCAUUAGGAGGUAGAUCUUUUGAAAGUUAUUCUGAAGAUCCAUUAUUAUCAGGUCAUGCUGCUGCCAGUAUUGUUAAAGGUAUUCAAAAUGAAAAAGUGGUUGCUUGUCUUAAACAUUUUGUUUGUAAUGAUCAAGAAGAUGAUAGAAAAGCGGUUGAUACUUUAUUAACUGAUAGAGCUUUCAGAGAAAUUUAUUUAAAACCUUUCCAAAUUGCUAUUAGAGAUGUUAAUCCACAUGGUUUAAUGACUUCUUAUAAUAAAGUUAAUGGUGAACAUGUUUCUCAAAGUAAACCUAUUAUUCAAGAUAUUUUAAGAAAAGAAUUUAAUUAUGAUGGUACUUUAAUGUCUGAUUGGUUUGGUACUUAUUCAACUAAAGAAGCCUUGGAUGCAGGAUUGAAUUUAGAAAUGCCAGGUCCAACUAGAUUUAGACAAGCUAUUCAAACUCUUCAUGCUGUUCAAGCUAAUCAAAUUAGUGAAGCUGUCAUUGAUGAAAAUGUUCGUUAUGUUUUAAAAUUAGUUAAUGAAGGGUUAAAAGCUCAAAUUCCAGAUGAUGUUAUUGAAUCUGCUAACGAAGAUCCAGCCGCUGGUGAAUUAUUAAGAAAAGUUGGUGAUGAAUCGAUUGUCUUAUUAAAGAAUGAAAAUAAUAUUUUACCAUUAUCCAAGACUGCUUUCAGAGGUCAAGAAAGAAUCGCUGUUAUUGGACCAAAUGUUAAAGCUGCUCAAGAUUCUGGUGGUGGUUCAGCUUCAUUAUCUGCUCGUUAUAAAGUUACUCCAUGGGAAGGUAUUCAAAACAAAAUUGAAGAAGGGGGUAAUACUGUUUCAUUAGAAUACGCUUUAGGUGCUUUCUUAGAUAGAAAUUUACCUGAUGUUGGUGAUGUUUUAAUUGAUGAAAAUGGUGAAAAAGGUAUUGAUGCUAGAUUUUAUAAACAUGCACCAGGUUAUAAAGGUGAUAGACUUUUACUUGAAACUUAUAAAUUAACUACUUCCAAAGUUUUCCUUUCUGAUUUUAAGAGUGAUAGAUUAGAACCAAAUGAUAUUUUAUUUUAUGCUGAUUUCACUGGUACUUUUAUUCCUGAUGAAACUGCUGAAUAUGAAUUUGGUGCUUCAUGUUUAGGUACUGCUCAAGUUUUCGUUGAUGAUGUUUUAAUAGCUGAUAACAAGACUAAACAAACUUCAGGAGAUGCUUUCUUCUUAGGUAUGGGUACUAGAGAAGAAAGAGGUUCAAUUCAAUUAGAAAAGGGUAAAUCAUAUAAUGUUAGAUGUGAAUUUGGUUCAUCUCCAACCUAUACUUUACCAGAUGGACCAGUUGAAGCAGGUGGUGUUUAUUUUGGUAUUAGAAUUAAAUCUACUCCAGAAGCUGAAAUCAAAAAAGCUGUUGCUUUAGCUCAAACUGUUGAUAAAGUUGUUAUUGUAGCUGGUCUUUCCAAAGAAUGGGAAUCUGAAGGGUUUGAUAGAGCUGAUAUGGAAAUCCCAGGUUAUACCAAUCAAUUAAUUGAAGAAAUUGUUAAAGUCAAUCCUAAUGUUAUUGUGGUUAAUCAAUCUGGUUCACCAGUUACUUUCCCAUGGUUAGAAAAAGUUCCAGCUUUAGUUCAUGCUUGGUAUGGUGGUAAUGAAUUAGGUAAUACUAUUGCUGAUGUUUUAUUUGGAGAUUAUAAUCCAUCUGGUAAAUUAUCCAUGACUUUCCCAAAGAGAUUACAAGAUAAUCCAUCUUAUAUUAACUUUGGUUCAACUAAUGGACAAGUUUGGUAUGGUGAAGAUGUAUUUGUGGGAUAUAGAUAUUAUGAAAAAGUUGAUGUAGAACCAUUAUAUCCAUUUGGUUAUGGUUUAUCAUAUACUAGUUUCAAAUUCAGUGAUUUAGCUGUUAAAGUGAAUCAUGAUACUGUUAAUAUUAAAGUCGAAGUUACUAAUACUGGUAAAGUUAAAGGAGCUGAAGUUGUUCAAGUAUAUAUUCAACCAUCUAAUCCUCAAGUUAGUAGACCAGUUAAAGAAUUAAAAGAUUUCAACAAGGUUGAAUUAGAAGUUGGAGAAACCAAAGUGGUUGAAUUGAACAUUAGUAUUAAAGAAGCUACUUCUUAUUAUAAUGGUUUCAAGCAUGCUUGGCAAUCAGAUAAAGAUGUUUAUAAAGUCUUGGUGGGUAAUAGUUCAAGUGAUAUUAGUGUUGAAGGUGAAUUCACUACUAGUAAGACAUUCAACUGGGUUGGUCUUUGA